AUGGAGAAUUAUCCCUCAGACAACACCACCGCGUUGGGUCUUCCUCCUCCCAAAUCUGUCAAAGAAGCUCUAGCCACUGCUAGAAAUUGUACUUAUGCUUUCGAUAGUAUAGUAGAAAUCCUCUCGUCAGAUGAGAAAGAUGAUGAUGUUCAAGAGGGUCAUUCUAAGAUCCAAGGCAUCUACCUAGAGCUCCGAGGACUUCCCACAAUCUCUCUACCUAAGAAGCUUCUGGCAAAGAUCAGUAAACCAUGGGAAAAUACACUAAUUGCAGAUUGUACUAAAGUCUUCGCGGAGAGACCAUGGGUCAUUAUGGACCACUAUCUGACUGUGAGAAGGUGGGAACCAAACUUUAAACCAUCGGAAGCUUUUGAAACCACAACCGUAGUUUGGGUUCAGUUUCCUGAGCUUCAAAUUGAAUACUACCAAGAAAAAGUCCUAUUUGCGAUUGCCAAAGCUAUUAGCAAACCACUCAAAAUCGAUUGGACCACAGCUAUGGCUACGAGAGGAAAGUUUGCUCGCGUCUGUGUAGAAAUGGAUCUUAGUCAACCUCUAAAACCAAAAUUCAUAUUGGAAGGUAAGCUUUACAGUGUUGAAUAUGAGUCCCUUCAUUCAUUCUGCUUCCUCUGUGGACGCACUGACCAUAGAAAGGAAGCUUGUAGAUUCAAGACCUCAGGUGCUUUACCGGCGGAGGAAAAUCUAGCCGUUUCCGACAACGGAACUUUUGACAACCAAACAGUGCAGGAUAACGGUUACCUGCAACAAAAAAAGGAGGAAGAUGAAGCCUUUGGCCCAUGGAUGCUUGUGACUAAGCGAUAUAGGAAAACAGCCCAACCCAAGACGGUACAAGAUCUAUCUGGCCCAAUUACCAACACCAAUUCAUUUAAAUAUUUGAAAGAGGGCCAUAACAGUCAAGUUAAUACUCAUAGGGGAAAGAUGACCAACAAAAUCGGAGUGGAUAAUGCCCAAGGUGAGCCCAGUGUCCCAAUAGGCCCAACUCAAGCUAAGGACUCUAAAGGUAAAACCAAAAUAGGGACGAACCACACCAGAGCAAAGGAAUCAGAUACAUCUGUGAGAAAUCAAUCUGUCUGGAAGAAAAUGGGGGAGAGCUCAGCAUCACACGCCAAAGAUUUCCCACCAGAGAAUCCACUCUGUGAACAAGUCAAAGUGAACAAUCUCUCCAGUGAAAAUCAAUUGCAUCAGAAUACUUCUAACAUGAUCUAUACGUUGGAGAACACCCCAAGUCAAAACAACUCAACCAUGGUUGAAGUUAACUCGUCCCCUGUAGCUGCCAACAUACCAGAACCUACUUCAACUCUCAAGUCAGUAAAACCAUUGAAACAAAAUAAAGAACCACCAGACCCAGGGGAAGCAAACAAUGGAAGGGGAAGAUAG